GCGCCCUCCCCUCCCCUCCCUCCCCAUUUCACGAGAUCCCCAUCCCCAUCUCCGCCUCCGCCUCCCCCGGCCCAGGCCGCCGCCCCAUGCUGCACACUAGCACCAGGGCCGAGAUCUGAGCGCGCGCGCGGGCAGGCAGGCAGGCGGGUGCUCGGCGGAAUGUCCAGCCGCACGCCGGCGCCAAUGCCGGACACGCUCUCCGACGCCUUCGCCGCCGCCGUGCUCCUCUCCUCCAACGACAAGCCCGACACGCUCCCGCCGGGCCGCCUCUCGCCCGUCUCCCCGCUCCCGCACUCCUCCUCAUCCAAGCACCACCACCACCACCACCACCACACCCCGAGCUCCUCCUCGGGCUCCUCCGGCUCCGUCUCCCGGGCGCCCGCCUUCGCCUCGCGCCGGAGCCACUCCGGGGAGAUCCCGCUCCCCUCCGACGCCCCCCCGCGCGGGGCGCGCCCCGGCCACCGCCGCACCGGCUCCGGCCCCCUCAUCUUCACCUCCGGCUCCACCUCUAGCUCCGCCACCUCGCCGCUCACCAACGCGCUCCCCGCCGGGAACAUCUGCCCCACCGGCCGCCUCGCCAAGCCGCUGCCUUCCUUCUCCGCGGCCUCCACCCCGCCGCCCCCGGCCCCUCCCCGCGCCAUCCGCCACGACGUGCUCGGUUCCGGCACCGGCAACUACGGCCACGGGAGCAUCAUCCGCUCGCGCAGCGGCGGCGUGGCCCCCGAGGAGGAUGCCGCGGUCCGGCGGGCCAUGUCCAGCGCCGACCCGGAGGAGCUCAAGAGGGCCGGCAACGAGCAGUACAAGAAGGGGUAUUUCGAGGAGGCGCUCAGGCUCUACGACCGCGCGCUCGCCCUCUGCCCGGACAAUGCCGCAUGCCGGGGCAACCGGGCCGCCGCGCUCACCGGCCUCCGCCGCUUCGGCGACGCCAUCAAGGAGUGCGAGGAGGCCGUGCGGAUCGAUCCGUCGUACGGACGCGCGCACCAACGGCUCGCCUCGCUUCACAUAAGGUUGGGACACCUUGAGGAUGCUCAGAAGCACCUUACCCUGGCAACCCCACAGCCUGACCUCCUAGAGCUGCACAAAUUACAGACAGUGGAAAAACACCUGGGCAGAUGCCUCGAUUCACGGAAGGUUGGGGACUGGAAGAAUGUACUGAGGGAAUGUGAUGCCGCUAUUGCGGCCGGAGCCGACUCCUCUGCUCUGCUCUUUGCCGCAAGAGCAGAGGCUCUUCUCCGGCUUACUCAGCUCGAUGAAGCUGAUAUGGCCAUCUCCAGUGCUUCCAAGUUGGAUUAUUCAUCUUCCUGCACCUCAGACACCAAGUUCUGUGGCUUCUUUGCUAACGCAUACCUCUAUUACGCGCAUGCCCAAGUUGACAUCGCAUUGGGAAGGUUCGAUCAUGCUGUCUCUUCAGCUGACAAGGCCAGAAUAAUAGACCCAAGAAAUGUCGAAGUGAUAACAAUGCAUAACAAUGUGAAAGCUGUAGCAAGAGCACGAUCUCUAGGGAAUGAGCUAUUUAAAUCUGGAAAAUUUUCAGAAGCUUGCAUAGCUUAUGGCGAAGGGCUCAAACAUCACCCUGUAAAUCCAGUCCUUCACUGCAACAGGGCCGCUUGCAGGUUCAAGCUAGGGCAGUGGGAGAAGUCUAUUGAGGACUGCAAUGAAGCCCUCAUGAUUCAACCCAAUUAUACCAAGGCUCUGCUGAGGCGUGCAGCUUCCUAUGGCAAGAUGGAGCAAUGGGUGGAAUCGUUGAAGGAUUAUGAGGUUCUAAGAAAGGAACUCCCAGGUGACACUGAGGUUGCUGAGGCCUAUUUCCAUGCUCAGGUUGCCCUCAAGUCAUCUCGGGGUGAGGAAGUAUCAAACCUGAAGUUUGGAGGAGAGGUUGAAGCAGUUACAGGAAUGGAACAAUUCCAGAUGGCUACUUCCUUGCCAGGUGUUUCGGUCGUCCAUUUCAUGACUUCUUCGAAUCAGCAGUGCGGUAAAAUUUCCCCGUUUGUGAAUGCACUGUGUACCAAAUACCCAUCUGUUAAUUUCCUCAAGGUGGAUGUAAACGAGAGCCCUGCUGUCGCGCGCGCAGAGAAUGUGAGGACAGUUCCAACAUUCAAAAUCUACAAGAAUGCCAUAAGAGUGAAGGAGAUGAUCUGCCCCAGCCAACAGCUGCUGGAGUAUUCAGUAAGGCAUUACGGGACUUAGGCCAAGAAGCCGAUGACUUCGAUGUUUCCUUGCGCCUUGAGCUCCCCUCGAGCAAGCAAACCGUUGGCUAAACCGGAGGGAGGUCCAGAGCAGAGCCAGUGAAGGUAAUCUUUGAUGAUGAGGGCAGCAAAGCAUGAAAGAAGACCAAGAGAGAAGAGCAACUUCCUCCGAUCUUUUUUCCAUCCGAACCCGCCCUUGCAAGUCGCAUUUCGCCGCCUUUUUCCCCAUUUGUUGAUUACCAACUUGUUUUUAUUCUUUUCAUUUGUCCCCGUUCCUUUAGAAAACAAAAAAACAUUAUCUUCCGACUCUUGGAAGAGCGACUGUAAAUUUUUUACUUUCAUGUUUACCAGACCAGACAGCCCAAGGAAAGAAAAAGUAUAGAUGCCAUUUGUACUCUUGAAA